GUGGGGAUGGGAGCGCUCGCCUCUCUCCUUCCCCUGUGUUGCUGUGGGACCUUCUGGGAAAGGAGGUGCGGGGCUCCAGGAAGCCAGUGCCCAGGGAGUGCUGUGCUGAGUCCAGGAGCCUGGCCAUGGCAGGGGUGGACAGAUCGUGGCAGAGGAGCCAGGGCGUCCCUUCCUCCAGAUUUAGCUAAAAGAAACGUGGAGCAUCCCAUCGCCCAUCCUCCCCACUCUCCAAUUCCGCUCCAGAGGCCCUUCCAGACUACCGGCCUCUACCCCUUUAAGCGCCGCCACUCCUCCCCCAAGAGCGGUGGCACCGAGGGAGUAGGGGUGGGGGGAGGCUGAGCGCUCUGGCUGGGACAGCUAGGGAAGAUGGCCCAGGCUGGGGAAGUCGCUCUCACGCCUCGCUGCCCCCUCCCCUGAGCCAGGUGAUUUGGGAGACCCCCUCUUUCCUUCUUUCCCUCCCGCCCCACGCGCGACCCGAGGAUGGCUCCGUGGUCUCAUGGGAACAGCUCUCUAGUCCCUUGGCCGGACGUCCCCACCCUGGCGCCCAAUACCGCCAACACCAGUGGGCUGCCAGGGGUGCCGUGGGCGGCGGCCCUGGCCGGGGCGCUGCUGGCGCUGGCGGUGCUGGCCACCGUGGGAGGCAAUCUGCUGGUCAUCGUGGCCAUCACCCGGACGCCGAGGCUCCAGACCAUGACCAACGUGUUCGUGACUUCGCUGGCCGCAGCCGACCUGGUGAUGGGACUCCUGGUGGUGCCGCCGGCGGCCACGUUGGUGCUGACUGGCCACUGGCCGUUGGGCGCCACUGGCUGCGAGCUGUGGACCUCGGUGGACGUGCUGUGUGUGACCGCCAGCAUCGAAACCCUGUGCGCCCUGGCCGUGGACCGCUACCUGGCUGUGACCAACCCGCUGCGUUACGGCGCACUGGUCACCAAGCGCCGCGCCAGGGCAGCCGUGGUCCUGGUGUGGGUCGUGUCGGCCGCGGUGUCGUUUGCGCCCAUCAUGAGCCAGUGGUGGCGCGUAGGGGCCGACGCCGAGGCGCAGCGCUGCCACUCCAACCCGCGCUGCUGUGCCUUCGCCUCCAACAUGCCCUAUGUGCUGCUGUCCUCCUCCGUCUCCUUCUACCUUCCUCUUCUCGUGAUGCUCUUCGUCUACGCGCGGGUUUUCGUGGUGGCUACGCGCCAGCUGCGCUUGCUGCGCGGGGAGCUCGGCCGCUUUCCGCCGGAGGAGUCUCCGCCCGCGCUGUCGCGCUCUCUGGCCCCGGCCCCGGCUGGGACGUGCGCUCCGCCUGAAGGGGUGCCCGCCUGCUGCCGCUGGCCCGCGCGCCUCCUGCCUCUCCGGGAACACCGGGCCCUGUGCACCUUGGGUCUCAUCAUGGGCACCUUCACUCUCUGCUGGUUGCCCUUCUUUCUGGCCAACGUGCUGCGCGCCCUCGGGGGCCCCUCUCUCGUCCCGGGCCCGGCUUUCCUUGCCCUGAACUGGCUAGGUUAUGCCAAUUCUGCCUUCAACCCGCUCAUCUACUGCCGCAGCCCGGACUUUCGCAGCGCCUUCCGCCGUCUUCUGUGCCACUGCGGCGGUCGCCUGCCUCGGGAGCCCCGCGCCGCCGCACCCGGCCUCAUCCCCUCUGGCGCCCCUGAGGCCCGGACCAGCCCCGCGCAGCCCAGGCUUUGCCAACGGUUCGACGGGGCUUCUUGGGAAGUUUCUUAGGCCUGAAGGACAAGAAGCAACACUCUGUUGAUCAGAACCUGUGGAACGCCUUGGGCCUCUGUUCAGAAUGAGUCCUGUGGGAUUCCUGGGCUGUGACAUUCUACCCUCUAGAACCUG